AACUUGCAUUUUAUAUACACAAAAAAAGUGAGAAUUGUAAAACAAUUUUCGUACUUAAUAUUAGUUAGAUAAAUGGACUGCUGUGGUGGUGAGGUGCGCAGCGAAAGCAUCUACAACAUGCUGCAGGCCCUCGUCGACUCCAAAGUGAUCAACGUGCAGUUGUUUACCAUCGCCGUUGGCAUUUUCUUUGUGCUGCUGCUGCUGAAGAACAAUUUUCGCAGCUUUUCGGGCACAUAAGAAGAGUUGGCGCUCAUUUGUAGUGUUAAAUUAAUAUACAAAUGUAAAUGUAAUAGAGAAGUGUGGAGAGUGGAGAGAACGGAGAGUGGAGAAUGGAGCAGCUUGGCAGAGUGACGUCAUACCAGCCACGCAAUAACGGUUCAGGGUCAGAUUCCCUACCCAAAAUGAAAUAAAAAUAUAUAUUUACAUAUAAGGCAAACAUA